GCCCUAGCACAAAAGUCUCACACAAUUCACAAGCACUUCAAGGCAUACAGGCACUGAACAAGUAACCCAAGCAUCAUCACCAAUGGCUCACUACCAGGAGGUUGACUACUGCUCGGAGGAGGUGAGGUCGGUGGCGAGCCCGGCCGGCUUCGGCCGCCACGGCGGCGUCCAGCAGCACGUCGUCAGGGAGAAGUUCGAGGAGGUCGACAGGGUCUCCCGCACCGGCAGCCACGGCCGCCACCACGGCCACCACGGCCACCACGGCCACGGCCACGGCUCCGGCAACUUCGUGAUGCGCGAGACCACGGUGGAGGAGGACUUCAACACCUGCACCGGCGAGUUCCACGAGCGCAAGGAGAGCUACGUCGUCAGGUCCGACUGAGAUCGGCUUCACGCGGGCUCGAUCGACGACGACGCACGUAUCUGGAUUGGGCCGGAGGCAGGUAUCGCGUACGUGUAUGUGCAUGUCCUCCGUAUGUAUGAAAUUGUAAGUUUGUGUGUGCGAGGUCUACCUUAUCCACGUACUUUGCUGGCGUGCUUGCACGCAGCCUCUGUACGUACUACGAAAAUAAGCUCGUGACCUGAAUAAAGCUUCUCCGUGUACUACGUGCAUGUAUA